AUGCAUGUUGUCUACCUCCCAAGGUUUCUUUUUAGUGACAAACUCGCGGUUUUAAAGCUGCAAGGGCCAAUAAGUAUCAGUGCCUCGGUGUCUUUCCAUUUACCAAACCUGGAAACCAUCCAUCUCAGUGUGCUAAAGUUUCCUGGUGAUGAAUUCAUGAAAAAGUUGUCAUCCAGCUGCCCUGUUCUUAGGGAGCUGCACAUUAUCAACUGUUAUGUCAAAGCUACAAUCUGUGUGGAGUCCUUAUCCCUAAAAUCAUUAAUAAGAAAAACUCGUACUUCUCAAGAGAAGGUAUCUAUUGCUAUUAAAACACCAAACCUUACAUACCUUGUUCUUGAUGAGUAUCGGGUAUCAGUUGACAUUGGAGAGAUGAGAUCACUCAAUAAAGCAGAAGUCAAUUUUUUUGUCAGUGAUUUUCAAGUAGAGGAGCUUUUAACAAAAGUUUCUGGGGUAAAAUAUUUGCACUUAAGACCUGAAGCAUUGUUAAUAUUAAAAGAGCUACCAGUCUUUCCAAAUUUGAUCUGGUUAAAGUCUUACGCUGGGAAGAAGUUGUCUAAGCCAUUGCAUUCCGCUCCGAAGUUGAAAUCGUUGAUUAUCCUAUAUUUUAAUGAGGAUUUACCCUUCGAUCCCAAAUUUGCACCCGAGCAUCUGCCAUGCCUUGAAAGUGUUGAAAUCUGUAGCUUCUGUGGUAAUCCAGAAGAACUCGACAUUGUAGCAUACUUUUUGAAGGCUGCAACUGCUUUGAAGAAGAUGAAAAUCAUCUUUGAUUGUUGUAUUUCUGAAGUUACUACUCUUUUGUCUGUUUUUCAGGAGUUAUUAGAUAUUCCUAGAUCUUCAGCUGUUUGUCAAAUUAAAAUUUCUAAACCCGACCUGUAA